UUGUCGGUGAGAUGGCGAAGAACCCGCGAACAGAGCAGUCCGCCGAGUGGGCCCCACGAUCUACUGCGUCUCUCGCGCGUCCGAAGCAACCAGAAGGCACCCGUGCUCGGAGUUCUGAAUCUGCUGGAGUCCUUAUUGAGCGAUACCUGAAGAACCUAAGGACCUCCCAGGAAGAACUAACGUCUGCAUCAAGCUGGUGGACAUGGGGGUGACGCUGGCGGUGCUGCUGCUCGCGGCGCAGUGCCGCGCCGUGUGGGGCAUCCUGACGGACGGAGGCCUGCUGCUGGGAGAACAGCUGGGCGAUCAGCUGGGCGCCGGAGACGCGGGUGGGGCGCGCUGCGCGCUGAGGGUGCAGCGGGAGCUGGACUCGAUGCGGCGCGCGGGCCCCGCGGGCGCGGGCGGGUCUCGCUCCGGCGGCCACGGCCUGCCCAACACCAUCGACCUCACCGGCUACGCGCUGCACCAGCCGCUGCGCUCGGCGCCGUACGACAUGUACGUCACCGGGAUGCGGGUGCGUGUGCCGGGGCAGGCCGCCUGGGUCCGCGUGGAACGCUGCCAGUUCGACGUGCGCAACCACAGCUUGGACACGAGACUCCUGUUCCGCGACCUCACGGUGACAGGGCACGUCAAGCUAUACGAGGACGCGGUGCGGCCGGCCGGCACCUGCACGAUGACUCUGCGACUGCGACGCGCUGGACUGGGCUUCACCGCCGUGCCCGCCGUGGCGCCUCGCCCCGUGCCGCCGGCGCCACUGGCCGGCCUCGGGCGCCGUGACGCCCCCGCCCCUCUUGAGGUGCGCACGGAUGCCCGCUUCGUGGACCCGGACUUCGUAUCGGUGUACGCACACGGGUGCCCGGCCCCGGGCAACAACGUACACAUCGAGCACCGCUCCGACGACGUCCUCCAGCUGUCGAGAGACGGCGAAGAACCCAGUCAGGAUUUGUCACAGGACAACGCAACGGGCCAGUCUGCUCGAGCUCGAGCGCUGCAUCACGGCCUGCAACAGCCUAUCCAAGUUCGAGACGACGACAGGGACUUGAGUGGUGAGAUGGAAGACGUGUUCUUGCGGGGCAUCCGAACGCUGUUGGCGCGCUACAUGGAGCGUAGGCUGCAGCCCGCUCUCAGGGAUACAGUCAUGGCCGGCAUGGGGUACUCGGUCUCGUACGGCCGGUAGACUAGUGGUGUUUGCGUAUUUAUUUGAGUUAUUUAUGAAGUUCAAAAGACUGAGAAACAGUGGUGGUUAUUCUAUUUAUUUUU